AUGAGCACCGACAAUUUCAGACUGACUCGGCUGGAGAGGCUGCCAACAGAAAUUAUCCACGCUGUUGUCGAGUUCCUUGAGCCUUGGAGCAUCGAAAAGCUUGCUUACACCAGCAAACGGCUCAGGCAAGCUUGUCUGCCGACCAUUUUUCGUCGCGUGAAGUUCAAAUUCUCUUUGGCCGGGAUUGAGGGAAUGAAAGGUCUCUUGAAGUCGAAUGUUCGCAGCCAUGUCACGUCUUUUAGCUAUGAAGUCCCAGAAUUGUUAAAGCCUGAAAUACUAUACUUCGAUUGUUUUAGGUCUGAUAUCCUAACUCCUGACAAGUACGUGGACAUGGCGAAAGACAUGUACGACGAGGGUGACGACGCAGAUGACUUCCCGUCGUACAUGUCCAUAUACAAAACCGUGCACGAUAUUUGCAGAGAGCAACGCAGCAUCAUCGAUGAGGGUGCUGACCUAAUUCUGUCAUCUGUUUUCUGUGCACUUCCUCUGUUGAAGGAGGUGAGACUGUUCUUCUGCGAUGCGCUGCAAUUUGACGAUUGUCUGUUGAAAGACGACAUCAUUAUUGAAGAAGAGUACCAUCAACACCAUCUCCAAGUCGUCACGUGUGCCAUUCAAAAUGCUAGACGGCGAGGUGUCGCCAUUCACACCGUCAGCUUGUGUGAAUUUGACCUUCCAUAUUUCCAUACAUGGGAAGAACCAGAUUUGACCGCUAUCUCGGAGACUCUGAGACGGCUGCUGGAGAGCAUCAAGGUUUUGCGUCUGCGCGGGUCCGAGUGGGUUCUGGAACUGCUAUCUCAACACGCGCUUGGUCUUGAUCAGAUUGACAUGUGUGAAACGAUGGUUGUUGAUGCCGCCCUGAAGACUUUUCUUGAAACAAAUAAGAAGACUAUCCAGUCUAUUGGCUUUCAUAGAGUGCAAAUCUCCAAAGCGAGGCUGCAUCCAAGCAGUCAUCUGACUGCAAGCAUACUCUGUAGUAUGCUCGGUGUGGCGCCGUCCACGCCGUGCCGAGCAGAUAAUUGCGGCUGUCUUCGACGGCGGAAGGACGGAUCGCGGCUGAUACUAGACGUAAAUCAGGGAUAG